UCACAUGACUUACAUAGACAAAAACCACAAAGAAGGAGAGAAUGGGUUCAAAGUCUCCAAGUGUUGCUGCACUAGUGUUACCACUGCUUCUUAUACUUUUCACUCUUUCCUCUCAAAUUGAAGUCGUGGAAUCUACAGGCCGCAAACUUUCGUGGUGGUUUACGGGAACUCCCAUUGUGUACACACCACCUUCAAGGUCAUGUGGAACUUCUCCAGCAGUAUACACUUCGAAAUGGAGAAGACCCCGACCAUGUAGGCUUCCUCCAGGAGGUGUUAUUACUGCUUCUGAUAAAUCUCCUUAACUACGUGCUUUUGUGUCUCUGUGUCGGAUUUUUCAAGUUCUAUGCAAUAAUAAAGUGUCUGUGGUUUUAAGAUUUGGUUUCUUGUCUCAAGUGUAGUAAGUACACUUUGUAACGUAUUAUGAGUGAAUAAACGAACUAAUACUUAUGGUUAA